GGCCUCAAAAACAGUUUUCCAAAUUCUUCGUAAAAAUGUCAGUCAUUCUACUGGAAACGAUUCCUGAAUCAGCAUCAGCGCAAAAUCAGUUGUUCGAAGCCGCACCAGCGAAAAAUGCGUUGACAGCGAAAGCUCCACGGAAAAUGGCUGAAUCUCUUCCGCUCGCUAGAAUUGGACGUGCUUAUGGUAACGAUAUUUCAAAGCUGAACUUAAUGAAACCACUCGCUCGACGUUCAUCUGAAUAUGAGGUCAGAGAACCUUGGCAUUCGUCAUCGAAAACGGAUACUCGAGAAUACGGUGAUUACUACAGUUGGCAGGCGCGUUUAACCUACUUGGAAGUGAAUCGAUUUAGUAUCAUCGCCUCCAAGGGAGUGAAACAUUUCGUCGACGAAUACAUGAAAAAGUUGCUGAAAUGUGAGAUAUUUGAGCGAGGACAUAAUGUUGAGCUGUUUGCAUCGGUUCGACAAGAAAUUUUGGAUAGAGGCAACAACUCUAGCAGCUUGAAAAAUGAUGUGGUCCAAGACAGCAGAGACAGUUUUGGCAUCAACAGAUAUCGUAAGAACGCGAAAAGUGCAAAAAUUCCCGCUUCUGCUUUGAAAACAAUCGAAUUGAUCCGUAAGUACAGAAGCGGUCAGUCGAUAGAUGCAUUACUAAGGGUCAAUAAGGAAGUGAAUAUUGCGAGUGUGCACGACGUUGAUAAUUCUGGAACUAUUACUCUGAAAAAUCCUAGUCGAUCGGUGCAAAGCCAGAAAAUUAUCAGCACGAGCAACAUAAUGACAAAGGGAAAAAAUUUGAACACCACAACGAACCGCAGCUCCUUGACAAAAAACCAGAAAAGUCCAUCGAAACAAAGCAGAAAUUCAAAUCUAGAGGCUGUUGCUGGUCCCAGUAAGCUUGGCUCGUCAACUAUGCUCACCACUUCCCUACAAAAGCAACAGCAAAUUCAGAAACGAAAGAGUUUGGAUAAGAAGAACGUCCGUGCUGAUAAAGAAAAUCGUGAGCAUGAAGACAGUAAAUCCAGCUUUACAUCGAACCGCAAUUUGUCGCGGCAAAAUCAGAAAAAGUCCAGCUCUACCGUAUUGAAAAGCAGUAAAACUGGCUCGAUAAUAAGUCACAGUGCAACAGUGAAUAAUAAGGAAAUUCCACCGAACUAUGAAGAAAACACUGAUCCAAGUACCAUCACUGGAGACAUUACAACUAAAUUGAACACGACUGGAGAUCGAAGAAGCAAAAGUGGAAGUAGAUUUAACAUCUUUGGCCGACACCGAAAUUCAGAUAAGAACGGACAAAAUCCCACCGAUUCUACAGUAAGUCACAGUUCGACGACGAAAAAUGAUCCGGAACACAAUGAAAAUGCGCAACCCACGAUAACAAAUUCGGAACAAGAAACCACUGAUGUGCCAGUAGUUGACGAUGCUGUACAAAAUCUUCUGCAAAAUAUCGAAAAAGAAGAAGAGCGAGGAAACGUACCACAGAAAUCACAUUUCUCUACCAAUCGGGCUACUCUUUAUCGAAAAUAUGAUGCAGAACAGGCCGAGAAAGCGACCGAUGACAACAUAUCGGUGGAGGAGAAGAGUAUGCAAAGUGUGGGCUCAUUCGAUAGAGAUAAAUUCGUCGAGUCGGAGAAAGCGUUGUAUCCGAGAAUGGGAAGUAUUUUAAGUGAAUACAAAUCAAAUGAGUGAAUGAAUCUGACAAAUUAAAAGCGAAUAAAAAGUCUUGGGU